CCUAUAACUUCGCCAAUGCAGAGCCACACAUAUCAACCCUCCAAACCAGAUAACAAAGCAAAGUUGAAGUUAGUCUUCACCACUCAAAUUGCAACCAUGAGCAUAUUCAAAUGCAACUCCCCCGAGUGAAACCACUAAGAUGACCUAAAUGUUAACAGUUGGCGAGUACAGCAACAAUGGCCGGCAGCUUCAGCAGCCGGAAACAAUUGAAACUGGGCCAACUGAACUGAACUUGCCUAGAGUGCUCUGGGUCCUGUCUUCCAUGCUAGAGAAACUGGUGGCUCGCAAUGAAAAUCUGCAGCAACUAGAUGGUGAUGGUGGCCCAGUGAGACUAGGGAAGAGCUUGAAUGCAUUUCAUGGCGUGAGAGCACCAAGCAUAAGCAUACCUAAGUACUUGGAGAGGAUUUACAAGUACACUAACUGCAGCCCAUCAUGUUUCGUGGUUGGAUAUGUGUAUAUAGACAGGCUGACACAUAGGCAUCCUGAUUCUCUUGUCAUAUCCUUGAAUGUGCAUAGGUUGCUUGUUACAAGUGUCAUGGUCGCUUCCAAGAUCCUGGAUGAUGAACAUUAUAACAAUGCGGUAUAUGCAAGAGUAGGAGGAGUGAGCAAUGUUGAACUGAACAAGCUUGAAUUGGAGUUACUAUUUCUGUUGGAUUUUAGAGUUACUGUAACCUCUCGGGCUUUUGAGAGCUACUGCUUUCACUUAGAAAAAGAGAUGCUUGUUAAUGGCACGGGCCUGAAGAUUGAAAGGGCAUUGACACCAAAGGCUAUUGAGAAUGAAAUAUCAGUUGGAGAUAACCAAAGCUCUUCCCCACCUCAAAUUGUGGAAAUUGGACUGACCUAAGUCAAUUUUGGGUCCCAUCAUACCCUCCUCCUUAGUCCUUACGUUCAUCUUCACGGGGUGACAAUAUUGGACAAGUUUCUUUCUUUUUUGUAUUUUAUGUCUAUGUCAAAGAUUUGUGAUGCCUUCCUGCAAACUAAGAUAAGUGAUUCAUACAAACUACAUCAAAGGCUUUAAUUGUAACAUUCAUUCCAGUUGCUAAAGAUAAUUGAUUCGCACCCAAAA